AUCGAGGUUCGUGCGUCAUCCCCAGGUCAGAUGUCUCGCUGAUCAAGCGGCCCUACGCCACGGACGGGGGAGGCCUUAGUUCCUAACCUCCGUUGCACCCACGGCCCCGGUUGUGGUUGGGACUGACCAGACUUACCUGGCUCAGGUACCUACCUCCUACCACGUGUAGUCUACGUGUCCCGUCCCGUCUCCUGCGUACCCCCAGUUCUAUACCUACCUACUCUAUACCUUCACGUCCAACUCCUCAAGUCGACACCCCUCCACCCUCCUCCUCCUCGGGCCACCGCAAAUGCAUAGGUAUACAUACCACUCCGACCGCUAGCCUCGUGUUAAAUCCGAGGCCACUGAGCGAUGGACCGACCUUUGCGCCCUCUAGAUUCCUCAACACGGCACAACUUGUUUGCGGCGGUGCUGAUGGCCCGGCCUAUCAAGCCAAGCUGGCUAAUCUAGCUUAUGGAGGAUGGGUCAUCUGCCAAGGACUACCUCGCUCGCCUUGUGUUGGGAAACACGAGGCGGUUGCGAUAUUUACUGACCUCGGUGCCGUUUCUAUCUUCGUAGGCGCGCUAUCUGGUCGCUGUGACGCGCAACUAUUAGAUAAAAUCGUCGAGCAGCCAGCGUCGUUUUGCUGUUCUCUCUUAUGACCCCAUUCACUUGCGCUAUGCGGACCUGUCGGUUGAUUCUAUCUUCUAUGUCCCACUCUCCGUCUUUUCCUCCAGGCCAUGCCGGCGCUGCCUUCGACGGUGCUAUUCGAUGCUCUGGCUAGCCGUAGCGAGCUUCUCACCGCAAAUGGUCCCUCCACAGCCCUCAGUUCGGGUAAUGCUACAAAUGGCGACGAUGCUAUGCAAGUCGUUUGUGCCUGGCCCUUGUCCGGCCAGUAUGGCAUUGGCUCGAGGGCGUUAUACUACGCUCUCGUAGCAGCCUGCAUCUUCGCUCGAAAGGCCGAAUGGCUGAGAAACGCUUGCUUAGCAGCUGCUUUGAUUUUCCCGGCUGUUGCCGCCCUUCAUGGCAUUGUCCUCGCCGUACUACAUACCGACAGUGCCGUCGACAUGGACGUAUACGGGGCCUUUCAGUUCUGCGCUAUUGGCCUAGUAGCCGCUCCGCUGACAGUGAGGAUGUCUCGGACCUACUUCUACGACCCCGGUCGAAAUAUAAUAUUUCUUUGGACUGGCGUUGUUCUCGCUGGUCUAUUGAGUCUGACCGUCGAGUUUUUCCGAAUCACAACCUCUGCCUGCCCCCACGACGAUUCCGGUAACCCGGUUUCCCCUCUUGAUUUCAAGGGCUUCCCAUAUGAGCAAGCUACCUGUGGUCUCACCUGUAGCAUCGAACAGGGGCCGAAAUCUCCGCUGAGACAAGGCGCAACAAACGAAAUAUACGUCAUUCCAGCACCCAAUAUACUCACAUUUAACGCUGCGACGCUCCUAGCGGCUGCGUGCUGCAUCCCUGCCAUCCUCUCUCUUGCGUCGAUGUGGAAUAAGAUCCUCGAGAUCAACUGGAAGUCCAGAUUCGGCCAAAGAGAUGGGAAUAAGUUAAUUGAGGGGACGAACGGUGCUACCGUCGCGAAAAUGAGCAAGGUUAAUACCGUGGUGAGGUUAUUUUUGAGCACCGUGGAGAUUCCUCUAUUUAGCGGCGCGGUAAUUGCCCUUCUCAUUUUUGGUGAAUGGAAUUUCGCCAGUCCUCAAAUGGCAUAUCAGACCGAACUCAUGACUAGCAUAGGCCAGUGGGCGCCUCUUGUCGGGACCGGCCUGGCUGCCUUAGGUUCGCUGUACCUCCUCGUCGUCGACUUGGAGAUGACGAGGGAGGGAGCAACACAAACAGAACCUGUGUGCUGUGCUUGUUCGAACCACAACUUCAGUGGCGACCAAUGUUCGGGUUUACUCAUUUCAGCUCAGGCGGCCUGCUCCGUUAGCUCGGAGGAGGGCCGAAACGCGUUUGAGAACGCCUUCGACAGCCCGCCACUAGACCCAAGGAAUCCAUCGGCUUUAAAUGGGGUUUAUGGCGGCGCACUUUCGGGGUCCUGCGAUUCGAUUGUUCCCCCAGACGCGGUACAUUUGCCGCCUAGCCUUUCUAGUCAUGGCGGAGUGCCGGCUGAGACGGACUCCUUCACCAGUCAGCCGAAACCAAAAGACCCGGGCAAUAGACGUAAAGUGGCCAAGGUGUUAAGAAAGGUUAGCGAUUAUUUUGGCACGGCAAAACUUCACCAAUUUGACGACUCCGAGUUCAAGCAUGGCAAAGCGGUCGACUUCCCAGAGGUUCCAGGGGAGGAGCAGCGAAACCCGGACCUGCCUCAAAUCCGAGAACAAUACAACACGCACCGCGAGGAUGAGAGCUCGGCUCGCUCUAUCAUAAAACGGUCGCCCAGAUCAGACAGCUUUACGGGGAGUGUCAGCUCCAGGUUCAGCGCCGAAAGCGGGUUGCUAAUGACGAGGGCGAUAUCAGCAGAGUCACUACCGCCGCCGCAUUCUCGCUCGUCAUCAUCGGCGCCAUCGACGGCCGGAAUAACGCGUAGCGACACGCUGCCACCAGUACAUGGCCCGGCUGAGCAGCAUGACCCAACCAGGGGCCAGCCAAGACAGCGGCGAGAUACUCUGGAGGUACCGGUUCUGGAUUUUCACAGCUCUUCGCGAGCUAGCUCGUCAUCCUCUCCGCUUACAACCGUCACUGCUAUCGCUAAUGGCCAGGGCUCGCCCGCAAUUGUUAUUAUAUCCCCCGACGCCGAAACGGACGCCGAUGCGGAUGCGGAGCCUCUCACUCUCAACCCCGCUACCGCCUCGUUGUCCUCUGCGUCGCCAUCUUCGCCACCGGCCGAUACGUUGCCUCAGCCAUAGCACGGAUGUAUGACACCUCAUGCGUGGAAGGAAAGAGAAGGUCCUCGUGAAGGACUCGGUAUUUUAUGAUUGGUGGUAUAUACUCGUAGAAGUUGGAUAUGCGUAUUUUCUUUAUGCGUAGGCUGGAGUGGUUAUGUAUGUAUGUAUGCAGUGUUCAGAAUAUGUAGGUGCCGUGUCUAAGGUAGACAGGACAAGUAUAUAUAUAUAUAUAGAAUAGGAGAAAGAAAGGAGGUGUG